AUUGGACGCCACGAAAUGUCGUCGACGGAAGUUCUUUUCUCCGCCAGGGCGGGAAGACGCUGCUGCUGUUACACAUGUCAACAACCGGUCCGGGACUGUACCGGACACCGAGACAAACAUUCAGGAGAAAUAUCCAUGUCAGGAUUUGACACGAAGUAACUCCGACUGUGGAAUAUUGAAGUCACUUCGUGUGAACAGCGGCUCGGAUAGAAAUCAUGCAGGCCUUUUUGAAAGGAGCGGCUGUUCAGAGUACCAGACCUCAGAAAGACAAGGCAGCAGCAGCGGGGCCCAGCACAGAGAAGAAAGCCAAGGCCGUUCCCUGGGUCGAAAAGUAUAGGCCAAAGUGUGUGGAUGAGGUGGCCUUUCAGGACGAGGUGGUAGCAGUGCUGAAGAAGUCUCUGCAAGGAGCAGAUCUUCCCAACUUGCUGUUCUAUGGCCCUCCUGGAACAGGAAAGACCUCCACCAUCUUAGCUGCAGCCAGAGAACUUUAUGGUCCAGAGCUUUACCGACAGAGGGUGCUGGAGCUCAACGCCUCUGAUGAGCGAGGCAUCCAGGUCGUCAGAGAGAAGGUCAAGAACUUUGCUCAGCUCACUGUGGCUGGGACCCGCUCAGAUGGGAAGUCGUGUCCUCCUUUUAAGAUCAUCAUCCUGGACGAGGCAGACUCCAUGACGAGUGCAGCUCAGGCUGCUCUCAGGCGGACCAUGGAGAAGGAGUCCCGCACCACCCGCUUCUGCCUCAUCUGUAACUACAUCAGCAGGAUUAUCGAGCCUCUGACCUCCAGAUGUUCCAAGUUUCGCUUCAAACCUUUAGCCAAUGAGAUCCAAGAAGAGCGCCUGUUGGAGAUCUGUGAGAAAGAGAACCUCAAGUACACCAAAGAGAGUAUAGCAGCAUUGGUGAGGGUGUCUGAGGGAGACCUGCGGAAAGCCAUCACCUUCCUCCAGAGUGCUGCACGGCUCAGUGUGGACAAGGAGAUCACAGAGCAGGCCAUCGUUGAGAUAGCUGGGGUAGUCCCUACCAAGAUGAUUGACAACUUGCUUCAGAUCUGCCUCAAAGGAACAUUUGAGAAACUAGAGGUUGCGGUCAGGAACAUGGUGGAUGAAGGUUAUGCAGCCACACAGAUCCUGAGUCAGCUCCACGAGUCGAUCAUAGAGCAGGACCUGAGCGACAAGCAGAAGUCAGCCAUCACAGAGAAGAUGGCCGUUGUGGGUAAGUGCCUGUCAGACGGUGCUGAUGAGUACCUGCAGAUGUUGAGUCUGUGUUCAGUCAUCAUGCAGCAGGCUUCCCAGAACAACUAAAACUCCACGAUGCAGCACCUCCGCCCCAGGGGAGAGUACUGUACCCUAACCCUAACCCUUCCAGCGGGGUCACCACAUCAGGACUUGACUCCGAUUCAGCUGAGUCUGUUCAGAGUUGCAGUCAGACACGUCCACCAGUGGAAAUCAGAUGAUACUUGAUGUGAUGUGUUGUUGCCUGUCCGAGACCAGAGCUUUCAAAGUGUUUCUCUCUGUAGUUCUUCAGAAGCAGUCUCCCUCCACUGUGGGAUGAGCACUUAAAUUAAUGAGAUGUACUUUCUAAAUCUCUUAAGGUUAAAUCACACAUCAGGUCUCUCUUUAUUCCUUUCAUUCAUGUAACCACUUAGCAACAGCUCUUUGUACACUUUUGGAAGUAAUAAAUAGUUUUUCUAUGUUGGA